AUGAACAAUCUGCCUUCAUUUCCCCUCAUUGUGAGAUGUGAAGCCAAAACACUGCCUCGACAGCAAAAGCUAUCUGGCUGGAUGAGCCCAAGGACUGACGUCAAACCCUCUCCGCUAACCAAGACACUCAUUUAACCUACCAAUGCGACGUCAAAGAUCCCUCAGGCUCACCUCUCUCAAUAAAUAGCAUGUGGAUUUCCUGCAUGGAGCAACUUUGAAUUGAAAUCCAACGACCUCGACUUCAAGCGAUUCAAGAUGGGGAGAGCGGACGUGUGGUUGAAGCGGAGUUACAUUACCGCGACAUGUUUAGUCGGGAUUGUCAGUGCCCUGCUGUUAGGGUUCACUCUGUUUAGCCAUGGACAUCUCCACAAUGAAGAAGAGAUAGAGCAGCUGCUUAGCGGCUUAAGUGGCCUGUAUGUUAUUUCUAUCAUACCUCUGCUCUUGAGCAUUAUUGGUGUGUAUGGGGUCUGCAAACAGAAGAAGUGGGCGCUCAUUUCGUUCACAGUUGGGUUGAUCCUGAUCAGCCUGUUGGUGAUUGGUUCCCUGAUUCAUGGACUGACAGCGAUACCUCAGGUGGUUAAAACCUUAAAUAUGCAUUACCAAAGUUUCAAGCCACUGUCUGAUGCCGGUGAUGUCGUCCAAGAACACAUCAGAGAACUGCAAGUGGAACUGCAGUGCUGUGGACUGGAUCAGGGCUAUGUUGAUUGGGGUCAUAAUAUCUCAAAAUCCUGCCUGUGCAUUAAAGGAUCCACUAACCCAUGUGUGGCAGCUCCAGGGAACCUCAUUCAUUUUGAGACAGACGGUGUCCAACCUGUCAUGGUUUAUAAAGAGCCGUGUCUUCCACUACUGAUCGCUCUUCAGGUUACUGUCGUCCAUGUUAUAUUGGGCACAAUGCUGGGAAUCACAUUACUCUGGUUGUUGUCAGUGGUGCUGUGUAUCGUGAUCUUGUGUCGAAUGAAUCGGAAGGAUAACGUCCCCACAGUGGUCUACAGUCCAGAGGCAAAAGCAGGAAACUACAUCACUCUUACGGACACUGUAGAAUACACUUGAGUCUGAGUUUUGGCUGCCUUUCAUGUUAGCCUGAUAUGCUAAGAAGGUUUGUAACAGUGGGACUGGUACAGGGAUAUAUUAUACUAAGAUACAAAAACACAUAUCAAAAGUUGCUUGAGAAUAAGAGCAAGUUUAUUUCUUAUUUUCAAGUUUUUUGUUUGGGUUGUUUUUAAUGUUGGUAUAUAUUGUACAAUAAUUAUCUGACUAUUUCAAUCCUGCAUUAAUAUCAGAUUAGCACAUUUGAUCCAAGACAUACUUCAGACAGAGUUAAUAAUUAACAUGAAGUUGUUAAAUGUGAUAUUAACAACAGAAAGCACUGAUAAAGAUAAUGGUUACUUAAGCUUUAAAAAUAUCUGAUUUUAUUUUUUGGUUUUAUACUUUUUUGAAUAUUUUUAAUCAUAUUUUGCCAAACUUUGUGCAAACGUUUUUUUUUAUACUAUACAUUUUUCCAACUUUUUAAAAUGACAUUUUCCUUUAAGAACCUACUGGAUUACUUGAGCUGUGUUUUGGUCGAUUUUAGUUUUUAAAAUGUAAUGCCAAAAGGAACAUUCAUCAUAAUAUUUGAAUUGCAUGACAGGGUGCAGUUCCAGGAUGGAAUGCAGGAAUACAGACUAAGGAAAAACGCAACUAAUGAUAUGUUUUUGACAUGUUUUUUGUGCCAUAGAAGAAAUUCUAAAUGUACAACCCCUUUUUUUUUUUUUUUUUACAUCAUUGCUGUAUUGUUAUUAAAAAUGUCAAAUUGGUAAUUUCUGUCUUGAUUUUUGGUCAUAAUAAAAUAAUGUAAACAUGCAUGUUUGACAGGUUAUUUGAACUUCAGCGUAGCUUUUGAUAACAACAUACUAACCCCGAUUUAUGUACAAGACAAGCCAAAAGUUUGGACACACCUUCUCAUUCAAUGGUUUUCCUUUAUGACAGCUUUGCACACUCUUGGUAUUCUCUCAGUCUGCUUCAUGAAGUGGUCU